CAAAAAAAAAAAAAACAAUACUUCUCCUACUCACGAUUCCAACUGCAACAGUGGCACCUCAUUGGAAUCAACUUUCAAUCGUUUUUACAGAAGCAUAACUGAAAAGUGAAGAAGAAAAAUACAUCAUAUUUCAAUUCCAUUUUCAUACUGAAUAUAACCUCAUUCCUCAAAGUCUAUAAAAUUAGGAUCCAAAACCCUUCUCAAAUUUUCUUAAUUCCAAUUCCCUUUCACACAUUUUAUCAAACACAUGGUGGGUCUCUUCCAUAACACCAAAAAAUGCACAAACUCUUUUUCUUCAACAACCUCAAAAACCAUAUCCACACUCCAAAACCAGCCUCAUACAUAUUCAACAACCACUUCACAACACAAUCCAAAAAUCUCCCUAACAUAGACACAAUCACAACAAUCAUCAACAACCACCCAUUCCCACAAAAGCCCUUACACCCAACACUCCUUCACUAUUUCCCACCAACAACACCAAUCCCAUCUUCGUUAAUUCAAAACAUUCUUAUACGCUUAUUCGCUUCGCAUUCCAAUGGACUCAAAGCAUUGGAGUUUUUCAAUUUCACUAUAAAAAACACUCACACCAACCCAUGUGCAAGUUCACUUGAAAUCACACUUCAUAUAUUAACAAGAAUGCGUUACUUCGAUAAAGCUUGGAGCUUGUUGAUACAAAUUGCGAAUACAUACCCUGGUUUGCUUACAUUGAAGGCAAUGAAUAUAAUGUUGGCGAAGAUUGCUAAGUAUAAAUCUUUUGAGGAAACGCUUGAUGGGUUUAGGAGGAUGGAGGAGGAGGUUUUUGUUGGGAGGGAGUUUGGGAGUGAUGAGUUUAAUGUGUUGCUUAAAGUGUUUGCGACGCAGAGGCAAAUGAAGGAGGCGAGGUCGGUUUUUGUUAGGUUUGUGGAUAGGUUUAAGGCGGAUACGAAGAGUAUGAAUAUUUUGUUGUUAGGGUUUAAGGAAACGGGUGAUGUUACGUCUGUUGAGUUGUUUUAUCAUGAGAUGGUUAAGCGGGGGUUUAAGCCUGAUAGUGUGAGUUUUGGUAUUAGGAUUGAUGCUUAUUGUAAGAAAGGGAGGUUUGGUGAUGCUUUGAGGCUUUUGGAAGAGAUGGAGAGUAGGAAGUUUGUUGUGUCGGUUGAAACGAUAACUACGUUGAUUCAUGGAGCAGGGUUGGUUCAGAAUCCGGGGAAGGCGUGGCAGUUGUUUAAUGAGAUUCCGUUGAGAAAUUUGGUUGUUGAUUCUGGUGUUUAUAAUGCGUUGAUUACGACGUUGGUUAGAAAUAGAGAUGUUGUAUCUGCGCUUUCGUUGAUGGAUGGGAUGAUUGAAAAGCAAAUUUUGCCGGAUGGUGUAACUUAUCAUACAAUUUUCUUAGGAUUGAUGAAGUCAAGAGGGAUUGAAGGUGUGUCUGAGCUUUAUCAGAAAAUGACUAAGAGGAAAUUCGUUCCGAAAACAAGGACAGUUGUGGUGCUGAUGAAAUAUUUUUGUCACAAUAGCCGGCUUGAUUUGAGUUUAAGUUUAUGGAAUUACCUUGUGGAGAAAGGACAUUGUCCUCAUGCUCAUGCUUUAGAUCUUUUGGUAACUGGGUUAUGUUCAAGGGGUUUGGUGCAAGAAGCUUUUUCAUGCUCGAAACAAACGUUAGAGAGAGGAAGAUAUAUUAGUUCUACAGCAUUUCUAAUGCUGGAGAGGCUUUUGAAGCAAUCGCGGGAUGUCGACAAAUUAAAGGAGCUUGAUCAGAUGAUUAAGAAAUUGCGAAGUGUCUUACCACCGUCUAGAGGACAUGCUACUGGUAUUUCUGACUCCAAGGUUAUAAUGUAGCAUCUUUAUAAUUUCAAAUAUAAAUUAUGUUGCUGCCUGAAUUUGGUGAAUUUUUUUCCUGUAUAUUAACAUGUGUAAUUCUUUAAAUUAUGAUUUAAUGAAUAGCUACUUUAUUAUACCCCCAAGUGACAACACUAACGCUAUACCAUUUUAUCUAGCCAUCUAAAUAUUUACGUUUA